GAGUGGGCGCGAGCUCGGGGCCUGCCGCGGCCUGAGGAGACAGCAUGGAGCCGGUGACGGUGUCCGCCGACGGCGGCGACAGGCCCGCCGCGCCCUCGGGCCUGUCGGCCUCCCAGCGCCGAGCGGAGCUGCGGAGGAGAAAGCUGCUCAUGAACUCCGAGCAGCGCAUCAACCGCAUCAUGGGCUUUCACAGGCCCGGGAGCGGCGCGGAAGAAGAAAAUCAAACAAAAUCAAAGCCCCAGGACAGUGACAAACUGAACUCCCUUGGUGUUCCUUCAGUUUCAAAGAGGGUAGUGCUCGGUGAUUCAGUCAGCGGUGGAACAUCUGACCAGCCCAGUGGUGUGGCAGAAGUUAAGGGUACCCAGCUGGGAGACAAAUUGGACUCAUUCAUUCAGCCACCAGAGUGCAGUAGUAACGAUGGUGUGGAGCUCCGGCAGCGGAGCAGAGGUGACCCGACAGCAGGCUCGGCCCAGAGGGCUUCUCACCAUGGCCUAGAACAGUACCUGUCCAGAUUUGAGGAAGCGAUGAAACUGCGCAAGCAGCUGAUCAGUGAGAAGCCCAGCCAGGAAGAUGGAAGUACAACAGAGGAAUUCGACUCUUUUCGAAUAUUCCGAUUGGUGGGGUGUGCUCUUCUUGCUCUUGGCGUCAGAGCUUUCGUCUGCAAAUAUUUGUCUAUAUUCGCUCCAUUUCUUACUUUGCAACUUGCGUACAUGGGACUAUACAAAUAUUUUCCCAAGGGUGAGAAGAAGAUAAAGACCACAGUGCUGACAGCUGCGCUGUUGCUAUCUGGAAUUCCUGCUGAAGUGAUAAAUCGGUCCAUGGAGACCUAUAGCAAAAUGGGUGAAGUCUUCACUGAUCUCUGUGUCUACUUUUUCACUUUUAUUUUUUGUCAUGAACUGCUUGAUUAUUGGGGUUCAGAAGUACCCUGAAACCUGAAGAACUGAGAACAAGUUUACAAAGUGAAAACAAUUUCGCUUCUACAUUGCAGUGUCUCUAAAGGGGACAAAUUGGUUUAUACCUUUUCUUUCACUUUACAGAAAACCAAUUUAUUAGUUUCCCUGAUUUAAAAGGGUUGAAUUUGUAUCAGUUCUGGUAUGUGUAACCAAAUAGAGGAACAAUGUUAUUAACAAUUUUUCUUGUUUAAUUAGAGAUCCAGUCUUACCUUCCCCUAACUUCUGAGAUUUGUAACCCUCCUGUGGGACCUGGGUCGUCCUUGUAAGGGAGUAGAUAAACAUGAUCUCAGCCUGCCUGAAGGACUGCACCUUGUAUUUUGUGUCAUUCUGUCCCGAGAAAUGAAAACAUUCUAAAAAUAAAGUGAAUGGAAUUGAAUCGUG